AUGUUCAGCCAGUUGUUCAUAUUGAACUAUAAAGGCGAUACAAUCAUAUUCAAGGAGUAUAGACCUGAUAUAAGUAGGAACACUCCCGAUCUAUUCUUUACACAUAUACUAGCAUCCGAUACAUCAAAUAUACAACCAUGCUUUAGACGUGAGAUGUACUUUGUGUUGACUACACUUCAGUUGGUAUCACCUUCAUUGGCAUUCGAGUUGUUGAAUAGGACUGCUAUGAUCAUUCAAGAUUACACGGCAUCAUUGACAGAGGAAGCAAUUAGACUGAACUUUACAUUGAUCUACGAGUUGUUGGACGAGCUGUUGGACUUUGGUCAUCCACAAGGUACAUCAACAGAGACCCUCAAGUCAUUCGUAUUCACUCCACCUACUGUUGUACAACAUUCAAAGCAAGAAUCAAUGAUUGAUACAUUCCUAAAUACCGCAACAAAGAAGUCAGUUCCAUCUGUUAACUCUGUUAGACCUGUACAUCAACCUUCACAAAUAGACAAUGGAAAUGGCAAUGAGAUCUAUGUAGACCUAUGGGAGCAUCUAACUGUCCUCUUUGCGUCCAAUGGAGCAGUCAUUCGUAAUGAUGUCAAUGGAAGUGUUGUGAUAAGGAGUUAUCUAAAGGGCAAUCCUGUUGUUUCAAUUGGAUUCAAUCAAGACUUUACAAUUGGCGCCACUAGUAAUGCGGCAUCGGAUAAAGGCGCAGCAACGGGCGGUCUAAAUAUUGAUGACUGUCUAUUUCAUGAAUGCGCCUCAAAUGGAUUCACAGUGGAGGAUGGAAGCACGAUCAACUUCCAUCCGCCUCAGGGCGAGUUCACAUUGUUCAAGUAUCGGAUAUCAAACAGCAGCUACUCUCCAUUCCUCAUCAACACACAAAUCGAACCAAUCACGCAGGGCAAGAACAAGUUCCUGGAGCUCAGCGUCAGGCUGCGCGCAAACUACGCACCAAACGUCAUCUCCAAUGGCAUUGACAUCACCAUCCCCAUGCCCAAGACAACAGCGAGCUGUGUACUCUCGUUCGACUUUGAGAGCGCAGGUCAACACAUUGAAUACAUUGCCAACGAUCAUCUGAUACACUGGAGCAUCAAGAAGAUGCGUGGUGGCGCCGAGGUCAUCAUGCGGGCGCGCAUUCAAACCGAUGGCAGUGUGAAUGAGGAUAUUGUUCGUCGUCAGGUUGGGCCGAUCAGCCUGGACUUUGACAUACCAAUGUUCAACUGCACCGGGAUCCAGAUCAAGUUCCUCAAAGUACUUGGCAUCACGCCAGUCCGUUGGAUCAGAUACAUAGCAGAGUCCAAGAGUUAUGUCUGUAGAGUGUAA